AUAUCCCAAAGCAUCAAUUACAAUGCGCCGUUCCACAAUUUUCCUAUACUACAAGGCUAAUGAACAUCCUCCUCAGUUACGCAUUAUUGAGGUUUCUACGAUAAGGAACCAAAGUCAACGCUUAUCGGGUUUCGACUUCCUGCGAUCUGGCUGCUGACAUAAGCGUGGCGGGCUGCGGAGGCGUUCGGGGAAAUGAUGGGCCUGGAUGAUGAUAGCUGGCUUGUUCUGCCACACGCGACUGUAGCUCUCCAUCCAUCUCCUACCCAGCACGCCUGCGAUUUAUCGCCUCUGCGCUGGUGACCCGAACUUGAAGAAUGCCUUCUUGAUAUCGGGCCGUUACUUUUAUUUCCUUACAUUGGUGUUGAUGGUUGCGUGCACUCCCUGAGUGCUUAGUUUAGGAUGCGGUUGGCCGCGUAUGCUGGGGUCUCGGCGACCCUGGCUGCUGGAGUUGUUUUGAAGGCUUUGCAUCAGAGGUCGAACUUCUAUGCAGCUGCCGUAUAUCUCUCACAAAGUAGUGCCAAUUUGAUGAUAUUAACAAACCUUUUCCUCGUCACUUCGGGAUUCUUUCUUUAUGGAAUGCAGCGACUUUUAUACGGACCCCUCCGACCUAUCGAGACCGAACAGCUUUAUGAGAAAGCCUGGUUCGCCGUGACGGAAACAUGCCUUGCCAUGACGAUAUUCAGAGGAGAGCUGGGUGUUUGGUUUCUAGUUAUGUUUGUCUGUCUUCUCAUUGGCAAGGUAUGGGGUUGGAUUGGUGAGGGCCGGGUUGAGAUUCUAGAUCAGCAGCCGCCAGCCAACCCUCGUCUUUUCCACGCCCGUCUUGCAUCAUCUUUGAUACUGUCGGUGGCUUUCGAUGCUUUUAUGUUGAACUAUUCAGUGAACACUGUGCUGGAGCAAGCUCGGCCGGACAUGAUGGUGAUGUUUGGCUUUGAGUUUGCUAUUCUCACGAUAUUGUCGACGUCAACCCUAUCUCGAUACGGCAUUUCUCUCGUUGAGAUUUACGUGAACCACCGCCAGAAGAAACUCAAGUUGGAGGAACGUAGAGCGGAAGUUCGGGUCGCACGAGAAGAAGCUCUUCGCGAGCAUCGCGAAUCGGGUGCUGAAGGAGUACCCGAUAAUCUUCCAGACGAGAAUGACGUGGAUGAAAUGGAUCUGGACAUUCCCGGCUGGGAAGAGAAAGGCCGAUGGGUCUUCUACCUUGACUUAAUCACCGAUUUCUGCAAACUAGUCGUAUACUUAUCAUUCUUUGCUAUUCUGUUCAUCUUUUUCGGCCUUCCCAUUCAUAUUUUACGAGAUGUCGUCGUUACUAUCCGCUCGUUCGGUCGACGAAUCAUUGAUUUUAUGCGAUACCGCACUGCGACGCGAGAUAUGAACGAGAGAUAUCCCGAUGCUACCCCCGAAGAGGUAGCGAGAGAGGAUGUCUGCAUUAUCUGCCGUGAGGAGAUGACGCCGUGGCAGCAACCGACUCCAAAUACGCAACAAGUUCCUGACAGACUGAGGCCAAAGAAACUCCCUUGCGGCCACAUUCUUCACUUUGCUUGCCUGAGGAGCUGGCUUGAGCGGCAACAGAAUUGUCCCACCUGUCGACGUCCUGUGGUUGUUCCUGCAAAUCAACAAUAUCGCGCGGGUGGUGCGAACAAUGAAGGUCGCCAAAAUGGUGCACCUGGAGCUCAGCCAGGUGUUAACCCACAAGGUGGUCCUAACAAUAAUGCCGGUAAUGGUCAACCUCGAGCUCGCGUAUACCAAUUUGGGCCAUUCCGCAUCGGCUUUGGGGCUGGGAGAGGAGACAUGUUCCAAAAUCUUCACCAACAAAUACAUGGGAAUAACGCCGCUCCUGUUAAUGUUCCUCCAGGAGCUCAACAGAUUGGUUUCGGCUUUGGCUUUGGCCGACCACAGCCUGCACCUCAAAAUCCCGUUGUUACCCAGCCUGGAACCGGUCAGACCAACUGGGCUAAUAUCCAGGCUCAGAUGACGCAGAUCGAACAGCAGAUUGCCCAGGAAUACCAGAGCCUACGAGCUACGGCGGAGCAACUGCAAGUUUUGCGCGUUCUGCAAGCAGAUCUUCAGUUGUUAAGGGCUGCGCAGCUGCAUCCUCAACAGCACCCUCAACAGACUGGCGUAUCAACCCAAUCGCCUGCACCACCUUCGGCAGUGUCGGCUGCCUUUCCCCCUUCUACAACAUCUUCCUCGUCAACACACCCAACUACCAACUCGUUACCCACUCCCAUCGCCGCAGGCGAUAGCCGACUUCCUCAGGGACUGGUCUUGCCUCAGGGGUGGACAUUAACGCCGCUUCGACGCGUUGAGACAACUACCGAUACUACGAAUAUUACCACAGCAUCUCCAGCAGCUGCAGCCCUUAACCCUCAGUUAUUCGAGACUAGCCCGUCGGGAAGCGCCUCAGCAAACACGACCACCGAACCUACUGACGUUCCAACAUCAGCUCCAGAAAACCAUGAUGAAACUCAUGACGAAAACGACUUUGAGUAUAUCCGUCCCUCAUUUCAGUGGCCGAGCAGCUCUGAAGCAGAGCAUCACGAUGAAAACCACGAUUCAACUGCGCCAGGUCCCGCAGACGAAAUGCCGACAUCAGCCUCCUCGUCAGACAAAGGCAAAACUAGAGCUGUAACGGUAGAGGAUGUCGACGAAGAGGAAGAAGAUUAAUUCAUCACGUGUACAGGGCAUUCGCUUUGCAAUAUCUCCCAUUCAGAUAUGUAAUUUUUGAAAACACAGGCGUUUAGAUUUGCAUCAUACCCAGUAUUUUCUCACGCCUAUUGUAGACUGUUCUUAAUAAUAUCACCGAUAAGCAUUACGAAUUAUUCCAAUAUCCACUUGCCUGCAGCCGCUCAGCCCCAUCAAAAGUGGACCUGCAGCGAACCAGCAACAACUUGCCACAGCCUCAUCCUGACAGUGAGCGCGAUCGACAGGGUGCCAUU